AUGCAGCCAGCCUGUUAUGUUAUGCAGAGGAAUGCAAGCCCUGUUUUUCUUUUGUCAUACACGCUAGGGCAGCCUGAUGGUGUUUUUGGUGACGAUGUGCCGAGUUGCAGGGACCUGACGGAUGCGCAGGGAUAUAUCAAGAUACACGAACAAGGGGGAAUGGGGACAUUAGGGCAAAAGGCGGCAGUGCCUGACGAUAAAAAAAAGGGCAUUGACUCUUGCCCAGUGGGCUGUGCCUGUCUCUUAGGGGCCAGCAGCGAGCAUCUUACAACACAUCAGGUACAAGGUGUAAUCAAGAUCUGA